AUGGGGGCAUUGAAGACCACACCUCCAGUGUUUGGCCUUGAAGGGUUCGAGCUGUCGAAGUGCCUGUGGAAGGUGGAGGCGGCUUUAAAUAGCUCCUCCAUCCUUCCCGAUCACUGUACCAUCCUCGACACAGCUUUCACCCAGUAUCAGUCCAUCGAGGCUGGGAUUCUGGAGGCGUCCUCGGUCCAGUUAAAGGCUUUGAGACUGCAGACCAGGACACAUAUCCUUGUGAGCUCCUUGGUCAUCAGCUGGUCCAUCACCGAGAUUAUUAGGUACUCCUUCUUUGGCAUGAAAGAGUUGUUCGGAUCUGCCCCGUCGUUGCUUCUAUGGCUUCGAACCUGUAUGUUCCUAGUCAUGUACCCAGUUGGCAUCAACAGCGAGGUUGGCUCGAUAUACAUUGCCUUGCAGUUCAUCAAGGCAUGGGAGAAGUACCGCAUCAGAAUGCCCAACAAAUGGAACUAUUCAUUUGAUUACUUCUACGCAUCAAUCCUGGUACUCCUAGUCUAUGUUCCAGGAAGCCCACAUAUGUACACCUACAUGCUUGGGCAGCGCAAGAAGGCGCUUGCAAAAUCAAAGAUCGCGUAA